AUGGUUUGGGGCUGUAUGACAUGGAACGGCUCUGGCUACCUUUGUAAUAUCUCAGGCAAGGUUGACUCUGACUUUUACAUACAGAUUUUAGAGAAUGAGCUGCUUCAGACGUUAGGAGUGGGUGUGAGCCCAGUGGAUGUGCAAACUUGGAAGGGUGGUGGAGGGCCUCCAAUGCUAAGUCUUGUGAGAUAA